AUGUAUGAGACUGCUACGAAGAAUCCCUUGGCAUGUGUUGAAGCUGUUGUCAACAAUGGUAAAACUGUUCAAACAAAAUAUGCUGCAUGGCCAAUCGCUGCUAUUGCUGGUUUAGGUUUGAUUACAUCCGGUGUUGUUUCUGUCAUCGGUCACUCUAACACUGCCGCACAUAUUGCAUCCAACUCCAUGUCCUUGUUUGUUUACUUUCAGUCGUUAGCUAUCACUUCGAUGUUGGCUGUGGCGAAAGUGCCUCCUAUUGCUUCUGCAUGGUCGCAGAAUUUCCAAUGGUCAUUGGGUGUAAUUAGAGCUGAAUUCAUACAGAAAAUCGCAAACUGGUAUUUGCAAGCCACAGGUGGUACACCUACAGAUAUUUUGGACAACAGCCAUUUGUCCAUUUCUGUACAGAAGAUCAAGAGAGGCACCAAUUUGUUAGCCGAGGCUGCAAACAGUCUAGCCAAUGUUGGUCGGCCCAAUUUCUUGCAGAAGAGAGCCUCUAUUUCCGUGGACAGUGACAAUUUUGGUCUUAGUGAUCAACUCAACUCUACUUUGUACACUACUGAUGAGAGAAGCGAGAUUGGAAGCAAGGUAUUGAUUUUACGUGGUAUUCAAAGAGUUGCUUAUUUGGCUGGUAUUGAGAUCAGUGACUUGUACAUGACCACAAUCAUUUUCUUACUUUUUUUCGUCUUUGUUGUGGUUGUUUGCAUGACUUUCUUCAAAGCUGCAGUUGAAAUUUGCAUCCGCUCAAAAAUUAUGAAUGAAGGUAAAUUCAACGAGUAUAGACAACAGUGGGCCAACAUCAUCAAGGGUGCUUUAUACCGUCUAUUAUUGGUUGCAUUGCCACAGGUUGCUGUGUUAAGUUUCUGGGAAUUUACGCAACAUGAUUCUGCUGGUGUUGUUGUUGUUGCUGUCUUUUUACUUCUUGUUACUGUGGGUUUGUUGAGUUAUGCCAUUGUACGCGUGGUAAGCUUUGGACGCAGGUCAGUUAAACAACACAAAAACCCUGCGUUGCUUUUGUUUGGAGAUCUCAAAUUUUUAAACAAAUUUGGUUUCGUCUACGUGCAAUUCAGGGCUGAUUGUUACUACUUUGUUGCUUGUUCAUUUGCCUACACGAUAAUCAAGACAUUAUUCGUCGCCGUAUUGCAAGGACAUGGAAGAGUCCAAGCGGUAUUAGUUUUUGUUGUCGAGUUAUUCUAUUGUGUGGCCGUCUGCUGGAAGAGACCUUUCAUGGAUAAGAGAACGAACGUGUUCAACAUCACCAUUGCUGUGAUAAACACUAUAAAUGCGCUUUUCUUCAUGUUCUUUUCUUAUGUUUUCAACCAACCUCAGGUUGUUGCUUCCGUUAUGGCUGUGGUUUAUUUCUUUGUGAACGCAGUUUUUGCCUUGUUUUUGUUGAUUUUCACAAUUGUUACUUGCGUUUUGGCAUUGGUUUACAAGAAUCCAGAUACGAGAUACCAACCUAUGAAGGAUGACAGAGUAUCAUUUUUGCCGCGUAUUGGACAUAUUAAUGGUAAAGGAACUGAAGCUCAGGAUAAUAUGGAGUUGGUCGCUUUGGGUGCUAGUGCUAUGAAGGGACUAGAACAUGCCCAACCAAUGCAAUACGGUGAGGAUGAAUCUUUUGACGAUGAGGACUCUUCGAACAAGAAGAAUGCUUACAGCCUGGUUUACAACGACAGCGGAAGUCUUUCUAAAAACUCCUUAGCGGAAACAUUAGAACCACAGCAUGUUGCAUCAACAAUAGUUGGAAACUCUACCAAUGCAUACCAGAACUUCCAAAGUUCCUAUACUGGAAGACAUGAUGAUUCACAUCCUUACAAGGGGUAUUACGACCAGAAUUAG